GUACCUUUUGGUAACUACACUAACCAGUUGGAAAAAAAAAUUGUGUUACGGGAAGAAGCGCGCGGAUUCAUCGACUUUCUUGUUUAGAUUGACAGAAAAUGGGGAGAAAAUCUUCAACCAAAGCAAAAGAAAAGAAACUGAAAAAGAAAGAAGAAAAUGCUAAAUUAACUGCACUGUACGCCAAAGUUGAGGCUGCCAAUAAGCUUGAUGACCCUCUUGCAGCUUUCCCUGUAUUUAAGAAAUAUGAAAGAAAUGGGCUGAAUGUUACUUUUGAGACAAAGCGUGUUAAAGAUCUGGAUGAGAACACAGUAAAUUGGGCUUUUGAACUUACUAAAACAAACAUGAAAUCACUAUAUGAAAUGAGUGAGUGGGGUUGGAAAGACAGAGAAAAAUUGGAUGAAAUGACAGAGGAAAAAGCAUGGUAUCUGUUGGCAUAUGAUCAAGAUGGGAAACCUGUGGCUUUUAGCCAUUUCAGAUUUGAUAUGGAGCUUGACACAGAGGUUUUAUACUGCUAUGAAAUCCAACUUUGCCCUGAUGUUCGAAAGAAAGGAUUAGGAAAGUUUAUGAUGCAAAUUUUAGAACUGAUGGCCAACAAAUAUGAAAUGAAAAGUGUGAUGUUGACAGUUUUUAAACAUAACAAUGCUGCACAAGAAUUCUUUGUAAAUAAAUUAAAGUAUUCAGUGGAUGAGAUAUCACCUGAGCAAGGCAUUUACGAUGAAGAAGAUUACUCAUAUCAGAUUUUAAGCAAACUUACAAAAGCAGGAAGAGAGGCAGCUGCAAUGCAUGGCGCUUGUGCGAAAUCAUGCUGUUCUGCUAGUCAUUGAUCCUGCUGGACAACUCUGCACAGUCAUGCUUGUGUUGAUGAAUUAGAUAACUUGUCACCAACAGUUCUGCUGCUCAGCUCAAAUUAUAUCAUGCUGACAACCUGAUUUCAGAUGAAGUUUAACAAUGACCCUCAUGGGUUCAAAGUGUAUAGUAGUAUUUGUUUUAAUUUGAUAUCUGAUGAUGGUAAAACAUAAUGAAACUGGUAUAAGUGAGUUUUACUGAUUUUUUUUUUUUUUUUUGUUGGGUAAAAGCAUUGUGAUCUAGUGUACAAAAGAGAAAGAAUGAACUCAAAUGAAAUGAUAAAAUUUGUAAAAAUGCAGAAUGCAUGCUGCAAGAAUAUUAAACAGGUGUUAUGUUUUGCAAUCAUCAGCUUUUAGUUUUCCCCUUUUAACUAUAAAACAAAGGGCAGUUAUUUUGUGUUGUUCCCCAAAUACCAAUCUUUCUAUAGGGAAUUACCUGUUUUUAAAAAAGUGCAUUUAUGUCCAUUUGUUUGAUUAAAAAAUAACAGCAAAUGUACCAUAGACAGGAAAGCAAAUUUACAUUGUAAAAAUUGUGACAAUAUGGAAACAGAACUGAUGUUAGAUACUUUUAAACAUUUAUAAGUACCACUUUAUUACAAUUUUUCUAUAGCUUGUGAAUGUUGUAUAUUGCAUUUCUAAAUUUAAAAAUAAAUAUCUCUUAUGACAAUUUGUGUAGGAAUGUCAUUUGCUUGCUGUUGAAAUGUUUUGAGAUUGUGUAUAUUAUUGCUACUUUAAGAGCAUUUUUUUUUAAUAAAAUGUAUGAAAACAAAG